AUGACCGAGGGAGAGAGACCACUGACCUCCCUACAGAGCGUGAUCCUCUCCAGCGGUCCUUUCGUAUUUUUCUGGAGUACAUUAAGAGGUUACAUUGAGCGAUAUGGCGCAUUUCCCUUCGCACGGACGACCACACGUCUAAACAGUCAGGCAUACUCAGUCGUCUCUCUGGUGUUGGCGUACCUCAUUCUCAACGACGUCUACCACUUCCAUGAAAUCAGGGGCAUCAAGAGCUCAGUCCUCGCAUACGUUUAUCAUCUGUCGAAAUUCUACGAAUACAUCGAUGUCUUCAAUCUCGUUGCCAACGGACAGUCUAUCGGACCUCACAUGGCAUUUCACCACAUCACGACACCGUUCUUGACCUUCUUUCGUGUUCUCAAUGCUUCCGACUGGCAGUUGUUCGCUUUCUUGAAUUGCUUCCACCAUUUCUGGAUGUAUGCCUACUUCGGUGGAGUGUCUGCGUUCAGACCUAUAUUGCCGGUUACUGGGUGGCUGCAGCUUGCAGCUGGAAUCGCCCUGGACGCUCGAUAUCUAGUGCUGAACGGCAUGAAGGCGCCAGAGUCAAGAAAUAGGUCCAUUGCUAUCUUGUUGCUCACCAGAUAUGCAAUGCUGUUUUACGAAGAACUUCGAGGUGGAAGUCAGCAAAAAUCGAACAAGGCAGAGAAGAAGGAAUGA